AUGGAUUUGUAUCUGAUUGGAUAUUUGAUGUGUGUGUGGUUGUCCAGCUCACGGGUGCUUGGAGGCUAUCCCAUCUGGUGGUCCCUUGCCCUUGGGCAGCAGUAUUCGUCUCUGGGCUCCCAACCCAUCCUGUGUGGUUCUAUCCCCGGCCUGGUGCCCAAGCAACUGCGUUUCUGUCGUAACUACAUAGAAAUCAUGCCUAGCGUUGCCGAGGGUGUAAAGCUGGGGAUCCAGGAAUGCCAGCAUCAGUUUAGGGGCCGCCGAUGGAACUGUACCACCAUCAAGGACAACCUGGCCAUCUUCGGCCCUGUGCUAGAUAAAGCAACCAGAGAGUCAGCAUUUGUCCACGCUAUAGCCUCAGCAGGCGUGGCAUUUGCUGUGACCCGCUCCUGUGCUGAGGGCACAUCCACCAUGUGCGGCUGUGAUUCCCACCACAAGGGACCUCCUGGGGAGGGCUGGAAGUGGGGAGGCUGCAGUGAGGAUGCAGAGUUUGGGGUGCUGGUAUCCAGGGAGUUCGCGGACGCCAGAGAGAAUCGUCCAGACGCUCGGUCUGCGAUGAACCGUCACAACAAUGAGGCAGGACGCACGACCAUCCUGGACCACAUGCACCUGCGCUGUAAAUGUCACGGCCUGUCAGGGAGCUGCGAGGUGAAGACAUGUUGGUGGGCGCAGCCAGACUUCCGCAUGCUGGGUGACUACCUGAAGGACAAGUACGACAGCGCUUCGGAGAUGGUGGUGGAGAAGCACCGCGAGUCACGAGGCUGGGUGGAGACGCUGCGAGUAAAGUACAACUUCUUUAAACACCCCACUGAGCGUGACCUGGUCUACUACGAGGGCUCGCCCAACUUCUGCGAGCCCAAUCCGGAGACCGGCUCCUUUGGGACACGCGACCGAGCAUGCAACGUGUCGUCACACGGCAUCGAGGGCUGCGACCUGCUGUGCUGCGGCCGUGGCCACAACACCCGGACUGAGAAACGCAAGGAGAAGUGUCACUGCAUCUUCCACUGGUGCUGCUACGUCAGCUGUCAGGAGUGUGUGCGCGUCUACGACGUUCACACAUGCAAGUGAGACAGGCCUGUGCUUUCAGGCAAACUGACUGCUCAACUACAAGUGCUGCCCACCCACCCUUCCACGCCCCUCCUCUUGCACGAUUCCCCUGCUUCCCAAGAAUUGCACACUCUGCAUCCCACACAAAAACAUAUUCAUCAGCACAUACACUCAGGCCCUAAUGGGCAAUGGCACAUCAGUAAUGGAUACUUCUAUACCCUUUUUUUGUAAAAGCCCUGCUCUAGAAUCAGUCUUCCAAACCACUACAACCAUUUCCAUAAUAUCUGACUAGAACGUGUCCUGUGUUGACCUGAUGGAUCUAGUCUGCUCUCAUGGGAAGAAGCUAGAGUUAUGCCACUUUCCCCUGGUUCCUUUCCCUGCAGCAUUGGGCCAUGACCCCCCUGACCCUCCCUUCCCCCUUGUCUUUAUUUAUUACCCCCUCCAUGCCAA